AUGUUGAUCACUCUGACAUUAUUGAGUCUUUUAUGUUGUUACCGAGAAGCUGUAGCUGAAGGAGGAGCUAAUGGAAGUAUCCAUGGGAGCAAUAUAGCUCCCAGCGCUAAUACUAGCUCUAACAGUCGACUGUCAACCAAUUCAGCAGUGAGACCAACUACCACGGAAAGUACUCCUGCCAUGACCAGUACUAGCUCUAACCGACCGGCUACCAAUUCAGCCAUGAGACCAACUACACCGGAAAGUACUCUUAAUGUGAAUAAUUCGAACACGCCUAAUAAACCGAAAAAUUCGGUAAAUAUAACUCUUCAUGAGCACGAUAUCCCGUUUUUCUCCGCCGACUUCAAAAAUCGUUUAGCAACAUGGAAAAAACUCUUGCAGAAUACUUCAAGGCACUGCAUCGAACCUAACUAUACCAACCAGAGGCCCAUAGAGAUAGAUUUUCCAGUUUUUGGAGUGAAAGGAGAUGCCGAGGAUGGCUUUUUGCCCUUGGAAACUAUACUGCCAGUCCUAGUGAGACGAAGGAAAAAACAUGACCUUGUCCAAAUCGCUUACAUGGCCAUUUUGGAGUUAUGGCCUCUUCUAGUGCUAUGCUUCUCAUGUGCUGCACUGUCGGGAAUUCUAGUGUGGAUACUUGUAAGUUGUUUUUGCACGAGGUCUUUCUUGUAACAGAGUCAAGGGUUACCUUCAGUGAAUCGUAACUUUAAGCGACUUCAAAAUAAGGCCUGUUUCAAACGUCGUGCUACUGCCGUGCUAAGCUGGCUCGACUGUAUCUCGACUGCAGCACGACACUUGCACGACUUGGUUUCAGACGUCGAAUUUAAUUCAGUCGAAUAGAACGGCUGUUGCCGACAAAACACAAAAAUAAAGAAACGGAUUAACAAACUUUUAUAUGUAUUCUAAUGUAUUCAUAAUUUAUGAAUUGAGUUCGCUACGGCGGUAGCAUGACGUUUGAAACGAAGUCGAGCUACUGCCGUGUAGCACGGCAAGCCUUGGCGUGUUACACAGCAGUAGCACGACUUGGUUUUGCCGUGCUACACAGUAGUAGCACGACUUGGUUUCAAACGUCGCGCUACUGCCGUGCUAAAGUCGAAUUUAAUUCGAUUGAAUUGAGUUCGGCACGGCAGUAGCACGACGUUUGAAACAGGCCUAAAUCAAAGCGCCUUUGGUUUUAACGUUUUAAAUGUUUCAAGAGAAAACUGUUAAGACUAGAGAUUAAAAUAUAUGUAUAUUUCUAGCAAAAAAUAAGAUUCGACCGACAUAACCAUAUUAAUAAUUAACUAAAGUUAAAUGAAUGCAAAAUAUUCGCCGACUCUUUGAAAAUAAUGAUAAAUCAAUUUUUUAGCUACAAUUUUCUAACAGCUACUGCUUCAUUUCAAAGGACAGCAGAUCAAAUCCGGAGCAGUUUCCUAAGCGAUUUUGGCGGGGAAUUUUUGAUGGAAUUUGGUGGGCCAUCGUAACCAUGGCAACUGUUGGGUAAGAACACGAGAAGAAUGUUGAGAACGUUUUACAUAAUUUUUAUACUAUUCAUCCCGUCAGAAUGUCAUUUUACGCUUUUUUCAUUUCACCCCCCCAAAAUUCGGUGGCUGCAUUGCUCUUGGAGCGACUGGCAAUUCGUAAAACCAGAUGUCUUCAGUAAUAAAGCUAUACUGUUUUCGUGUGGGAUCAGAUGAAUGAUAGCAAUAAUGAAACCAGAAAAAUAUGGCCUCAAAACGUUUAGGGACAAAUUAUAAACAAAAAAAGAAAAUUGAAUUGAUGAAAUGGGUCGUAGAAUGAAGUAGUUAUAUGAAACAGAAAAAUUGACACGCGCGCACUACUGAUAGAUGGAUAAGACGUCAACAGCUUGAUCACCAUCUGCCAACAACCGCCCCACCAAGAACUACAUAUAUUCAUACGGAAAUAUAUAUUCAAUCGACUUAACAUUUCAUAUUUUCAUAGCUAGACGGUUUAACACGAUGCAUUAUAGAUAGGAGUGGACGUUCUCUGGAGUUUGAAACUUUGUUAAUAGUAGACCUUUUUACCGAAACAACGGCCACAUUGAAUUAAUUCGAUUUAAGGAGUAUUAUAGGAUGCCCAGGGGGCAUGAGCACAUUUCGUUUGUAUUUUCGAGUGCUUUUCGGGACAUUUUUUUUAAAAGUUUUCUUAGAAUAAAAUUGUAAUGGGAAAAAAGAUCCUUGUGCCGUGUUUGGAUGUAAUAAUGAUCGCCUUUUUCUAGUUUAGUAUUAGAAUGUAAUCUUUCACUGUAUAUUUCUCGGAAAAAAGGCGAUCAUUAUUACAUCCAAACACGGCACAAAGAUCUUUUUUCCCAUUACAAUCUUAUUCUAAGAAAACUUUAAGUAUGGCCGCCGUAUCCGUAAAAAGGUCUAUUUUGCGAUCUUGCCUCUCUAAGAAAUCGUAUACACUUACAGGUGUAGACGUGUAUUUUCCUUUUAAAGCACCAAGCUGAGUAGAGAGCCGGAAAUAGCUGACCUGCGCGUCUACAGUAACGACCCCAGAAACAAUUACGGGACUCAUUUCGGUUCCAGGGGCCCGUUUCUCGAAAGUCCAGAUAAUUAACGGGCCCGUAAAGCCGUUGUUGAUUACAUACAAGACAGAGGUUUCAAUAGUUUUGCAUCUAACAUGAUAAAACGAUCAGUUAGUGAAAAACAAUGGAAUAGUUUUCUAGCCAGGACCCGCGCUCUUAUUCUUUAUAUUUCGAUUUGAAUAUUUGAUUUCGGGCCCGAAACGUUAUCGGGACUUUCGAGAAAUGGACCCCAGCUCUCUUCUCGUUUCUGAUGUAGCGAACGCCGAAAAAGGUCAGAUGGGCAAACUAUGAUUGCAGCGCGUACCCGUUCAGGUCUAUCAAAGUGUCAGUGGCAGAGAAUCAAUUUAAUACAACUGGUGAUAACACAGGCGACCCAGACGUAGUAUGUGCCACUGAAUGAAUAUAUUAAAAUUCACAUGGACAAAUUAAUGCGAUAAGUCGUCGAAACUCCAAUGAACUAAAAUAGUCCAAAAGUCAAAAUAUAACAAAACAAAGCUAACUAAAAAAGAUACCUUCAACUGAACGUAUACUUGUCUUUCCUGGCCGGUUAAAGUGGCAUUUUGUUGAGUUUUGCAAUUGUAGGUACUAUCUACUAAAGAAGAAUUAAAGGCUGGCUACAAAACAAACAGACCAUCUCCACGCGCCUUCACACGAAGCGCUAUAAAUUCGAGAAUAAUCGACGAAUCCGCUCCAAAUAACCAUCGGCUAAUCUGCAGGUAACGUGUGCUCCUGCUUCUGGCUCGCUUGCUCCACAAAACCCAUCGCAACUGCACAAUAAUUGCUCGCUCAUCAACAACCACUGUUGACCUUUACGUUUCGAUAUGACCGCAAACGACCAGGUUUAAUACGCGACGUGAAUAUUCAAGCUUAGCGACCGCGUUCGCGCAACAACGCAGCACUUGCUAUGGGAGGGAUGGUACUAUUGCUUCUAGGUCAAUCGACACUGACCGAAGGUUCGCUGCGUUAGUUUUGACCAGAAAACAAAAGGCGAUCGCGGGACCGUCCGUAAGUUUUCAACAGGGCAGCCCUGGUUUUCAAGUUCGAAUUCUUCUAACGUUCGCUGUCUCAGCUGCUGUCACAUUGUUCGUCCAGCCGCUUGCAUAGGUUCUUGACUCUACCAGACUUAUUUGCUUAGAUUAACAACGUCUUACUCCAUAAUAUGUUGUCCAAACUGGUGAAGGAGGACGAGAAUUUUCCGCCCAGGAAAAAGGCAAAAUCUGGCCCCGGCUAUACAACUGAACAGAAGAUACAACUGAAGAUAUCGUAAAGUAAAAUUUAUGUGCGCGAUAUCUUUUAUUAUUAUUAUUAUUAUUCUCAAAACUCAGGGGCACCCAACGAUGAUUUCCCCCUAAAUGCAUUGAAAACACAGGGUGUCCAGGAUGUCCAGAGUACUUUUGAUCUAAAAAUGCAUUCUAAACAGCUCUUACAUAAAAUUUAGUCAAGAGGGCUAAAAGCAAAGCUAAUGAUUUAUAGUUUGCUCAUACUAAAUAUAAAAUAUAUCGUGUAAUGCGAAGCGGAGAAGGCAACGAGACAGGGCCACCCAACGACUGUUUCCUCAAAUACUUUGAAAACACUUUUGUAGCUAUUCAUAAAGUACUUUUAGCUCUAUAGAAAUGCAUUCUAAGUGGCGCUAUAAAAUUUGCAUCUCAGUGUUCGGCCAUUCUAGAGGAACUUGAGUCUUUCGAAAUUACGAGGAAUUCAGAAUUAUUUUCCCGAAAAUUUUAGAUGCAAUUUAACGCAUUACGAAGGAGAUAAUUUUUCAGAUACCUUCUUUCAUCACAUUUUUCAAAUCCGAAAAUUUUAGGAUUCCAUUUCACUCUCUACAAAAAAUAGCCUAACCCGGUGAGUGAAAUGUGAAAAAUUAAAAGUUGGAUGCCCUUGACCAGAACUGUGAAAAACAACAAUAGGUCUAAUUGCAGCACACUUUCUUGUACAUUUCCUUGCCGUUGAUUUGCAUGACUGCAACUUGAAACGUACAGAAAACUUCCUGGUUUUCGCUUUUUAUGGAGAAAAUGUGGUCCAUGUUUUUGUUCACUUUUUCUACUGCUGCCCAUUUUUUUUAGCUCCGCUAUAAGAUUCGUAUCUGUUCGGUGAUCCUAGGGCAAAUUGGAUCUUUUUAAAAAUUACAAGGGCUUCAAUAUUAUUUUACCGAUUGAUUGACCUAGAAGCAAUAGUACCAUCCCUCCCAUAGCAAGUGCUGCGUUGUUGCGCGAACGCGGUCGCUAAGCUUGAAUAUUCACGUCGCGUAUUAAACCUGGUCGUUUGCGGUCAUAUCGAAGCGUAAAGGUCAACAGUGGUUGUUAAUGAGCGAGCAAUUAUUGUGCACUUGCGAUGGGUUUUGUGGAGCAAGCGAGCCAGAAGCAGGAGCACACGUUACCUGCAGAUUAGCCGAUGGUUAUUUGGAGCGGAUUCGUCUAUUAUUCUCGAAUUUAUAGCGCUUCGUGUGAAGGCGCGUGGAGAUGGUCUGUUUGUUUUGUAGCCAGCCUUUAAUUCUUCUUUAGUAGAUAGUACCUACAAUUGCAAAACUCAACAAAAUGCCACUUUAACCGGCCAGGAAAGACAAGUAUACGUUCAUUUGAAGAUAUCUUAGCUUUGUUUUGUUAUAUGUUGACUUUUGGACUAUUUUAGUUCAUUGGAGUUUCGACGACUUAUCGCAUUAAUUUGUCCAUGUGAAUAUUAAUAUAUUCAUUCAGUGGCACAUACUACGUCUGGGUCGCCUCUGGUGAUAAGUGCUUUUUUCUAUUUUAGGUAUGGAGACAAGACCCCCAAGUCACUGUUAGCUCGACUCUUUGCAAUAGUAUGGAUGGUUUCGGGCAUCAUUUUGCUGUCCAUGUUUACUGCCCAAGUGUCGUCCCGUCUAACAGCUCAGGAACUAAGGAGUGAUCACCAUUUAUUUGGUAAAAAGGUAAACCGGAUUUUUCCCUUCUUUUCCUUUUUCUCUCUUUUUUUCAGGAUACAUUGCUUGACUUCUGACUUGGUUUACUAUAGUUUGCAAGGGUGUUAAGAAAAAGACAAAAGGAUACACUGUGAUGUCUGUCACAUUUUAUUAUUUACUUUUGCCAGCGGGUGUUGUUAGGCGAGCAUGCGCCUUAUACUUUGUUGUUGUUCACUCGUGCUCUCGGCAGCCAUAUUAUCAUGGUAAGCGAGUAUGUAGUUGUUUCUAUUAAACCGUAACUUUUAGCUUUUCACGGUCAUCCUUUUUGUCGUUAAUGGAGUUGGCUAUCCCCCCAAACCAAAGCUAAGCUGAAAUCAAGACAACAGGACAUGUCGUGGAGUCUUUGACAUGAUACAUUAACUUGGCAUUCCUCCCCAAAUUAAAGCCCCCCUUGUUCGGUGUUGAUGUCUUUCACUUGCUUAACUUACUUCAGGCUAUCCCCCAAACUAAAACAUCCCUAGUUAGGCUUGCGUGUGUUUUCUACUCCAAAAAACGUUUGACUAGAAUUUUUGAUUGCCAGACUCAGAGAUAUCAAUAUCAAGUGCUCUGUGACCACUUUUUUGAGAAAGAGGUUUUUAUGAAUUCAUUCAUUUCGCAGAUUGGAGUACCGCCGAGCCUUUACGGUUCUGAUUAUGUUGACUACCAGAUGACGUAUUCUAGAGUGGAAGGUAUUUAUGACUGCUUUUUGUGAGUGUAUAUGAAAACGUCUAGGGGGAAGAGUUCAAACACGAUGAUUUUUUUAUUCUUUCCUAGUACGCCAGGGGUACCCAACGACUGUUUUCUGUAAAAUAUCCGUUCGGAGAAGCAAAUAUUGCCGAAUUUGCGGAAGCUCAACUAGUAAAUUCUCCACGAUUUUCGGAGGUUUGAUUUUUCACAUUUCACUCCCCAGGUUAGGCUAUUUUUCUUAGAACAAAGGAAACCUAAAAUUUUCGGAUUCAAAAAUGUGACGGAAAGGGGAAUCAGAAAAAUUCUCUCCUUCGUAAUACGUUAAAUUGCACCUAAUAUUUUCGGGAAAAUAAUACUGUAGCCCUUGUAAUGCACCUAUCAAUGUAAUGCCGGCGGGGGGGGGAGGCAGGGCAUGGGGUGGGGAUUUGAUUGUCUUUGUUGUCCCUGGGGUAGGGCAUUUGACUGAUCUUGUUCUCCCGGGGGAAGGGAUAUUUGAAUCUUUCUUCGCCCGACGUGGAGAUAUUUGACUGCCGACUCGGACGAAAAAGACUGAGACCGAACAUAUGUUUCCCCCUUCCACGCUUCACGCAUGCGCCAUACGGUUUGAAAAGAUCAGGAAGUCAUGAAGGCCAAUGAAAACAAGCGAAGGCUGAGUGGAUUUCACUGUUUUGUCUUCAAAUUUCGCUUGUUUUAGCGUGUUUUUGAUCAAUUGAACCUCUUAAAAUACUGUGGUAUCAAAGUAAACGGAAGUAAAGAGAAACCAAGUCGAUUUUUGCAAGUACAAUUGAUUAGUGUGUGGCUCAUUCGCUACCAUCACUGUAAACUUAUAAAACGGACUUUCUUUUACCCUUUACUAAGAACGGACUUCCUCCGAAAGGUUUAUGUAUUCUACGCAGUGUAACACGGAUUAUGGUUAGAACGUAUAAUUGCAGCUGUAACAGGAACAUGUAUCUUUGGUGAUGCAGCAACGUUUAUAAAAGAUUGCAGAGUUUUAUUUGGAGAUAUUUUUGUUGUGCCUUUCUUAGGUUCUGCCUUGGGAUCGACAGCAGUGUGCAUUCUGGGGUGGGCAAAUUUUUUUGCAUUUGACUGGAAUGAUUUGCCCGUGGGCAGGGAAUUUGAUUGCAAAUUUUUGAAAAAAGUCAAAUCCCCACCCUAUGCCCUGUCACUCGAAAACUGGCGUCAUCGUGAUGCUAUGGUUUCCCGAUCUUUGCGUUCUCCCAUUGAUCCUACGUAGCGUCCCUUGCGCAACGAAACUGUAACGCCAGGAUAACGUGCAUACUUGCAUGCGCAAUAAAAUAUUUUUUAACAUUUUACUGGGAGAUUAGUCCGGAUGAUAGCCCACGUUCGAUAUUAAAAUUCUAACAUGACUCCAAGGCUUUACGGACAAAAUUGCAAAUUUUGCAUGACUCUGUCUCGCAACCCCAGAAGAGACUUGAGUACAAAGAAAACCGAAAAAAUAUGAAAUGUAUCCGGACAGCCUCGGAGACAUGUUAGAAUUUUCAGACAGAAUCCGUCAGGAAAUUGAGUAAUUUUAAUUUUCAGUGGACAAAAACCUUGUACCAUAUUAAUUUCAAGCAUAUCGAACUCUUUUUUACAUUGUUCAAGGGUUAAAGAUGUAAUUAGUUAUCAGUAAUAACACCAAAGAACAUUUGUCAUGGGAGCCCGAGAAAAUAAAUGUCCAAUUUUCCUCAAAAUGACAUCUUACCGACAUAAAAUUUUCAGAAUUUUACCUGUAAUUUAACAAUUCUUGUAAAAUUUGACAUUUAGUUUCUCGGGGCUCCCAUGACAAAUUUUCUUUGGUGUUACUACAGAUGACUAAUUAAAUCUUUAGCCCUUGAAAAAUGUAAAAAAGGAUGCAAUAUUCCUUAAAUUAUCCUGGUACAAGGUUUUUGUCCACGGAAAAUUAAAGUUACUCAAUUUCCUGGUGGAUUCCGUUUUAAUAUAUCGAGAGUUGGCUAUUGCUAUUUCCUGACUCUGUCCCUUUGCAGAGAUUGAGAAUGAAACAGCGCUGGACCACUCAGAUCAGCUGGACUCAAUAGUGAUAUUCCACUGUGAUGGAAAAAAAGAGAAAGAUUGGGAGGUGCUCCAGUUUAUGCCAGCAUGUCAAGUUGGUGCGAAAGUUAACUUUAGAAUUCACACACCUUCUUCAGAUGAGUACCGGAAGAUCGAUACUGAACUGAAUUUUCUCAGAUGCUUAAAAAUGAGGACGGACCGCAAAUACAUGACGUAUUCGCAAGAAAGCCAUGGGAGUGAAACAAAGAUGCACAGGACCUGCAACGAGUUCUUGGAGAAACAAGACAAUCGGAAGUUUGAGUUCAAGUGGGUUUAUUUCACAGAUCUUUCGCAGUACCUUAUUCCAUUUGGCGCUGUGGUUGGUGCAAUCGUCUUAGCUUUCAUCAUUGGCGCCAUCUGGGAAUGUCGAAAGAGAGGAAAGAAAUCAGGUAAAUUUAACUCGAGUUCCACCAACAUUGUUGGUGUUAUAUGUGAUUAA